ACAAAUUGUGACCCACUUUAUUUUUCUAAACUCCAAGUUGGCAUAUGAUAUUCUCAUGGCUUUCUUCCCUAUAUAAGUUCAUGGAGAAUGAAGUACUAGUACAUGAAGAAGCGGGUCUGUCCUUCAAAUCAAUUAAUCAAAGAAGGCCCUAACAAUGGGAAUCUGCAGAGAUAUGGAAAACAAUCCAAGGCGGCAAAGAAGGCUAGGAGGAAACAGAGCUGCACUUUUUGUAUAUGCUAUGGAGGGGCUGGAGAACAUGGCCUUUGUUGCCAAUGCAGUGAGUCUAGUAACAUACUUCUUUGGGUACAUGAACUUCAGCUUAACAAAAUCUGCCACAACCCUGACCAACUAUAUGGGAACUGCAUUUUUACUAGCACUGAUUGGAGGGUUUAUCUGUGAUACCUAUCUAUCUAGGUUCAAGACUUGUGUUCUGUUUGCAUGCAUGGAAUUGUUGGGAUAUGGUCUCCUCACAGUUCAGGCACACUUCCAUCAGUUAAGACCUGUCCCCUGCAAAGAUGUAGCAACAACCCAGAUGAGCCAAUGUAAACCUGCAACAGGCGGCCAAGCUGCAAUACUUUACACUGGCCUAUACCUUGUUGCAUUAGGAACCAGUGGUGUUAAGGCAGCUUUACCAGCCUUAGGGGCUGACCAGUUCGAUGAUAAAAAUCCGAAGGAGGCAUCUCAAUUGUCAAGCUUUUUCAACUGGUUCUUGCUUAGCCUCACCAUAGGGGCAAUAGUUGGGGUUACAUUCAUUGUUUGGAUCAGCACCAACCAAGGAUGGUAUUGGAGCUUUACUAUGUCCACUAUAGCAGUCUUGUUUGCAAUUAUUUCCAUAUGCAUGGGCAAGUCAUUGUAUCGAAACAAUAAACCAAAGGGAAGCCCUCUAGUUCGAAUCAUACAGGUAUUUGUAGCAGCAUUCAAAAACAGAAAACUUCCAAUUCCAGAGAAUGAAGCCCAACUACAUGAGAUUCAUGAGAAAGAAAGAGAUGACAGCUAUGAAAUCCUUAAAAAGACAGAUCAAUUCAGAUUCUUGGACCAUGCAGCAAUUGUUAGAAGCAGUGCAGGUGCAACAACAUCCAUAUCCUGGGGAACCUGGAAUCUGUGCACCGUGACACAAGUAGAAGAAACAAAAAUCCUAAUCCGCAUGCUACCAAUAAUAUUCAGUACCAUAUUCAUGAAUACAUGUUUGGCUCAGCUUCAAACUUUCUCUAUACAACAAAGCACCACCAUGAACACCAAAAUCAUGGGGUUUAAAGUGCCAGGACCCUCUGUUCCAGUCAUUCCCCUGUUAUUCAUGUUUUUCCUGAUCCCUUUAUAUGACCGCUUUUUCGUCCCACUUGCUCGAAGAAUCACAGGGAUUCCCACUGGAAUUCGACACCUUCAGCGGAUUGGAGUUGGAUUGGUUCUCUCAGCUAUUUCCAUGGCAGUUGCUGGUUUUGUUGAGACACGACGCAAGUCUGUCGCCGUCCAACACAACAUGGUAGAUAGCACAGAGCCUCUACCAAUGAGCGUGUUUUGGCUGGGUUUCCAAUAUGCUAUCUUUGGAGCCGCAGACAUGUUUACCCUUAUUGGCCUUCUGGAGUUUUUCUAUGCAGAAAGUUCAGCUGGGAUGAAGUCACUGAGCACUGCAAUCUCUUGGUGUUCUGUGGCGUUCGGUUACUUUACUAGUACCGUGGUCGUUGUGGUGGUUAACAGAGUGAGUGGAGGGUGGUUGGCAAGUAAUAACUUGAAUAGAGACAAGCUCAACUACUUCUACUGGUUGUUGUCUGUGAUAAGCGUUGUGAACUUUGGAUUUUACUUGGUGUGUGCUUCUUGGUAUAAAUACAAAACGGUGGAAGACAAGCAAGGCGAUUCAAAGGAUAAUGUUGACAUUGCCAAGGUUUAGGAAAAGGCAUACUGGAGAGGGUCUGAUCAUUCCUGCACUGUAAGAUGUCAUGCCAAAUGCAGAGCAUAAUGUAGAAGAAUUUUACAGAGGAAGGAGAAGUAACUUAAAGACAUUAAUCACAUUACAUUUGUGUUUGGCUUAUAUUAGACUUUUACUGACACAUAAAUGUAACAUUCAACUCGAGAAGAGCUAUCGGUAAGAGAGAUAGAUAAGUUGCAAAGUCCAAUUCAUGAAGCAACAAAAUUCAUAAUAAAGUGCAGUUCAAAAUA